GGUGUCCUGGCCAUGGCCGGCCUGUCGGACCAGGAGCUGCGGCGGGAGCUACAGGCCCUGGGCUCCCAGCCAGGACCCAUCACCGACACCACUCGGGAACUCUACCGCAACAAGCUGCGCCGCCUGCGGGGCGAGGCCCGAUUGCGCGACGAGGAGCGGCUGCGGGACGAGGCUCGGCCGCGGACCGGGGAGUGGCUGCGGGACGAGGCCCGGCUACGCGAGGAGGCGCCGCUGCGCGCCCGGCCCGCUGCGGCCUCUCUGCGAGCGGAGCCUUGGCUCUCGCCGCCGGCCUCGGGCUCGGCCUACACGACAUCUGGGGCCUACGGUGAUCUCGGGGCCUCCAAGGCCUCCUGGACCGGAAGCCGCGGCCUCGCCUAUCCCGCCCGCCCCGCGCCACUCAGGCGCCGCGCCUCGGUCCGGGCCAGCUCCGAGGAGGACGAGGACGCCCGGCUGCCCGACAGGGCCGUGCUAGGCCCGGGUCCCCCGGCCCGCCGCUGGUGGGCCACAUCCACGGCCCCAGCUCGGCUGCCCUCCGCCCUCCUCGGCCCCGACCCGCGCCCGGGCCUGCGGGCGACACGAGCGGGUCCUGCAGGCACGGCGCGAACCCGGCCCGAGGUGGGGCGGCGGCUGGAGCGCUGCCUGUCCCGGCUCUUGCUCUGGGCCAGCCUGGGGCUGCUGCUCGUCUUCCUGGGCAUCCUCUGGGUGAAGAUGGGCAAGCCCUCGGCGCCGCAGGAGGCGGAGGACAACAUGAAAUUAUUGCCAGUGGACUGUGAGAGAAAAACAGAUGAGUUCUGUCAGGCCAAGCAGAAGGCGGCCUUGCUGGAGCUGCUGCAUGAAUUGUACAACUUCCUGGCCAUCCAAGCCGGUAAUUUUGAGUGUGGAAAUCCAGAGAAGCUAAAAAGCAAAUGCAUUCCUGUUAUGGAAGCCCAGGAAUACAUAGCAAAUGUGACCAGCAGCUCCUCCGCCAAGUUUGAAGCCGCACUGACCUGGAUACUGAGCAGUAACAAGGAUGUGGGCAUCUGGUUGAAAGGGGAAGACCCCUCUGAAUUGGCUACCACUGUGGACAAGGUGGUCUGUCUGGAAUCCACCCACCCCCGCAUGGGUGUUGGCUGUCGCCUGAGCCGCGCCCUGCUCACUGCUGUCACCAACGUGCUCAUCUUCUUCUGGUGCUUGGCUUUUUUGUGGGGGCUCCUGAUUCUCCUGAAAUAUCGGUGGCGGAAGUUAGAAGAGGAGGAACAGGCCAUGUAUGAGAUGGUGAAGAAAAUCAUAGAUGUGGUCCAGGACCAUUAUGUGGACUGGGAGCAGGACAUGGAGCGCUACCCAUAUGUGGGCAUCUUGCACGUGCGCGACACCCUGAUCCCUCCACAGAGCCGGAGGCGCAUGAAGCGGGUCUGGGACCGAGCCGUGGAGUUCCUGGCCUCCAAUGAAUCCCGGAUCCAGACAGAGUCUCACCGUGUGGCUGGAGAAGAUAUGCUGGUGUGGAGAUGGACUAAGCCCUCUUCCUUCUCUGACUCGGAGCGAUAAACCCUGGGCAGGGGCCUGUUCCCAGUCAGCCUGUCCCGGGAUAGUCCACUCCAGUGGCGCGAGAAGGUCACUAGACCUACCGGUGCUGAAUUCACAUUUGCCUUGACUUUUUGUCCUCCUGACACAAGUCCGAAGGUCUCUCUCUAUAAGACUAUUCAGAGGAGCUCAGCUCAUUAGGAAAAUGUGGGCUUCCGUUAAGGGUGGAGGGGAGAAGCCAGGGGCAAGGGCCCAUCCUCUCUGCCACGUUUUGCUGGCAGAAGAAGGGAGAAGGGUCUGUAAUUUCAUGAAUAGAAAAGACAAAAGAGCAGCAGCUGUAAGCCCUGCAGAACAAACGUGAGGCUGGGUCAGCUAGAGCUCGGCCACGCCAGCCCAGCUUAGGAGCUGGGCCUCGUGCCUGUGGAGCUGGGUCAGGGAUGGCAGGUUGGGGCAGCAGGGGAUGGGAAACAGCUUGGUACAUGUGCCUUCAGGGGGUGCUACCUGGGAGCUCAAGGAUGUGGGGAGAAAGCCUGUCCUCUGGCUGGAUGGGCCUCUUUUAUCCUGAACAGGGAAGAUGCUAGAAAUUAAAACAAGUGACUGUAGGGGAACUAUCUAGAAACGGCAGGCCCUAGAGUCAGGAGUGAGUUGCUGGCCUGGCCUCCUGGGAGGAACCCAGGGUAGGGAAAGGGGCUGAGAGCAGAGGGAGGGUCCAGCUGCCCUGCAGCACCGUCUCCAGGGCCCCCACCCAUGGCAGCCUCCCCGGGUGGGCCCUCUGGUGGUGCUUCUCACAGAAGUUGCAGUUUGAGACCAGAGCUGCAGCCACGACAUUGUGUCAGGCCAAGAAUGCCGACUCCAGGACCUCAGGAAUCUGUGCAGGGCUGAGAGCCUCGCGCUUCUUGUGCGAAGAUCACCAACUUUACUGUGACCACAGCCUCCCCACCUGGGCUGUUUAACCAGAACUUCCAGCACAGCGUUUAUUUUUGUGCAGCUGCUGCGGCAGCGCCCAGCAGGCGGGGCGGGGCAGGCGCGGCGGCCGCACACUGCCCCCUGCUGGCCACAUGGCAGCGGUGCCCGCGCCGUCGCAAACCAGGGCCCUCCCGCCAGCUCCGCUUCAGCGGAGGCAGGCUCCAGAAACACCCUGGCGGGGGGCCUUAUUAGUUAAGUGCGAGAAGCCUCUCCAGCUAGUCUCAUCCCCAAAUGUCCUCAUCUGCGGCAGGCAGGAGAGGGGGAGCAAACAGCAGACACAACGGCUGCCUCCAGAAGGUAUUAGCCACCCCUUUCUGGUCUUAUUGGUAUUUUUUGUUUCCUUAAUAAAGCUCAAGUCUCUCUCAUUUGAGUAAUACUCUCUCAUUUCCUCUGAUGUCUGGAUGGACGGUGGGGCUGGAAUCUGAGCGCCAGCCCCGUGGUGAGGACAUGUUCUCAUAAUCAGGCUCCAGCCAGAAGAGUUAAGAAAUACUGCAACAGGCCUCAGUAUCAGGGUUGAAAC